CGAUUUGUGCCGACCUGUUGGAAUGCUCACAUUGGCUCCACGCUGCCCCAUUCUGGUUGCUUGCGUGUGUAGAGCUGGCCAAAAUGCAUGGGUUUUCCUUGACGAUCCACGCAAUAUCGCUGCCCAGCCUGGACAAGGCAGAAAAGGAAGGACGAAACAAAACAACGAGGUGUUGGUGUAGGAGGUAUCGCGAGACGGAGGUCUGCCGCACGCAAAGGCUGUGGUGUGGUGCUAAAAUCCUCAAUCGCCACCGAGGGAGGUGGCUUGGCUUGGUGCGCGUGACGCUAUUCGUAAAAGCAUACCAGGCAGCUCACACUCACCACCGAAAAAAAAAACUUUUAGGGUGCUGCCUACAUGUCAUUUGGAGCAACCACAGGCGUAACAAAGUCCAGCCAGUAAGCUCGAAGCGACCACCGAGGGUGGCUCGGCGCACCAUCAGCGAACACCAAAUUUUGGCUGCCUGCGUGUGCACAGUCAGGUCGGGGAAUUCGUUACUUGAGGAUGGCGUCAUUAGAGUCGGGCCAUGGCGCAUGACGCGAUAUGGAGGCUCCUGCUAG